AUGCGGGCGCCAGACAUCAGUGCUCGGCUGCCCCGUGCCGUCGGGCGUGCUGCCCGCGAGCUUCUUCGGAUCCGCACCCGUGGCGGCCAGCUGCCUUUGCCUGCGGUCGGUGCAGCGGCCGCUGCUGGCGUCGGCGCGGCUGCGCUGGGCGGGCUCCGCGGGAAUGUGGUUGCAGGCGCUGACGCUGUGCCUCAUGGCUUUCUGCAGGCUGGUGGACCCCGGGCAGGUGAGCCACUCGGAGUGCGACCUACCCCUGCGAGCUCACAAAGCGUGGACACACGAGCGUCCUAUUCGCCGCUACGAUCACUACUGUCGGUGGCUCGGGUGCAGCAUCGGGCUCCUCAACCACAGGAGGAAUUCUUCCUGAUGCUGUGCGCUCUCGCAGCCUCAAAUGGCCUUGCUCUGUUUUUGGAUGUGGUCAUUAUCGUGGUGGACAUCGCGCAAAGCGACGGCGGCGUUGGAGGUCCCUGUGUACAUCUGUUCGUAUUGAUCCACGCAGCCUAUGCCGCCGUGGUCUGCUAUUUUGGAGGGCACAUCCUGAAGUUGCACUUGGGAUUCAUAGGCCGCAGCGAGCUGAGUUCAGAUUGGAAGGAGGAUACCUUCUAUCGCGUCAGUGGGAAGACCGUCUGGCGGGAGAAUCCCGACGCGGAGCCAGUGUUCAUUGAGGACCUUGACCGCGAGCGGUCGGAGGAGCUGAUCAACGCCCUGGUUGUGAACCUGGAUCCUGAGGACUACAACAAGAUAGAUCUGCCGACGACCCUCUACGACCCGAGCAGGAACGAGUUCGAUAAAGGCUUCAAAACCAACUGGUGGAACUUCUUCUGCGUGCCGCGCUGGAGGAGAGGGUGCACUGGCGAGUUCUGA